AUGCUUCUUAUGUUUAUGGCCUAUAUAUUUGGGUAUGAAGUUGGACCCAAUGGACAGUUUCAUCACGAAAACAAAGGGCCUGAUGGAUUUACAUAUGGUUGUUAUGGUUACGUUGAUCCAGAAGGAAAUUUGCAAGCCACACAUUACAUUUCUGAUGGAUGGGGUUACCGUGUAGUAACUCCUGGUCAAUCAGUUGAAAUAUUUCAUCACAAACAUGAAGAAAAUCAGGAAGAAAAUCAAGUUUCGGAAACUUCAGGUAGUGGAUCUGAACAUGAACAUCAUGGACACCAUGGAGUUGUAACUGCUUGGGGUGAUUUAUACUUCCCAAAAGGAUGUGGAGGGGGUAGACCAAUUGAUGGUUCAAUUGGUAAACCAGGUUAUCCAGGUGCUCCGGGUGCUCCAGGUUCUCCAGGCUCUCCUGGAUCUCCAGGCGUCCCAGGCUCAUUUGGUUAUCCAGGUUCUUUAGGUCAACCAGGCAUACCUGGUAAACCAGGCUCUCCAGGGUCUCCAGGCACUCCAGGUUUCCCAGGCCAACCAGGAUCUCCAGGAUCUCCAGGAACUCCAGGUUUCCCAGGCUCAUUUGGUUAUCCAGGUUCUUUAGGCCAACCAGGCCAACCAGGUAAACCAGGAUCUCCAGGAUCUCCAGGAACUCCAGGAACUCCAGGUUUCCCAGGCUCAUUUGGUUAUCCAGGUUCUUUAGGCCAACCAGGCACACCAGGUAAACCAGGCUCUCCCGGUUCUCCAGGAUCUCCAGGUUUCCCAGGCUCAUUUGGUUAUCCAGGUUCUUUAGGCCAACCAGGCUCUCCAGGAUCACCCGGAUUACCAGGAUCUCCAGGCUCUCCAGGUUCAUUUGGUUAUCCUGGUUCUUUAGGCCAACCAGGCUACCCUGGUGCCCCAGGACUACCAGGUUCACCCGGAUCUCCAGGAUCUCCAUAUCCAGGCUCUUUUGGAUCUCCAGGAUCACCCGGAUUACCAGGUUCUCCCGGAUCUCCAGGAUCUCCAUAUCCAGGCUCUUUUGGAUCUCCAGGAUCAACCGGAUUACCAGGUUCUCCCGGAUCUCCAGGAUCACCCGGAUUACCAGGUUCACCCGGAUCUCCAGGAUCACCAUAUCCAGGCUCUUUUGGAUCACCAGGAUCUCCAUAUCCAGGCUCUUCUGGAUCUCCAGGAUCACCCGGAUUACCAGGAUCUCCAGGAACACCUGGUGCUCCGGGACUUCCUGGUUCAUCAGGUUUUCCAGAACCGUUGGAACCCGUAGAAUCACCUGAAGACUCUGGAUCAUCUGAAUACCCAGGAUCAUUAGGAUCACCGGGUUCUUCUGGAUCAUUAGGAUAUCCAGGAGCUCCCGGUACUCCAGGUGCCCCAGGAUUACCAGGAAAACCAGGAACUUCAGGAUCACAAUAUCCCGGAUCGUUUGGGUACCCAGGAUCACCAGGAUCUCCUGGAUUACCAGGAGCUCCAGGUUUACCAGGUACUCCCGGAUCACAAUAUCCGGAUUCAUAUGGAUACCCAGGAUCACCAGGAUCUCCAGGUACACCAGGAACGCCAGGGAAACCAGGUCAACCAGGAUCUUUUGGAUCACCUUAUCCUGUCGAGUAUCCAGGUAACUCAGGUACCCCAGGACUCCCAGGAUCUCCGGGUUCUCCUGGACUACCAGGAAAGCCAGGAUUACCAGGCGUCUCACCAUACCCAAAACCACCAUCAUAUCCAGAGAAUUUAGGAUCACCAGGAACUCCAGGAGUCCCAGGAUUACCAGGAGCACCCGGAUUGCCCGGUUCAUCUUAUAAUAAACCAUCCACAUAUCCAGGGUCCCCUUACCCAGGAAGUCCAGGAUCACCUGGACUGCCAGGUGCGCCAGGUCUACCAGGAACACCAGGACAAUCUGGUUUACUACCUUAUCCAAAACCAUCUCCAUAUCCUAUUGAAGGAUUUCCUGGCAGCCCCGGUUCUCCAGGAACUCCAGGACUACCAGGAACACCAGGGUCUCCAGGAUCAUCAUAUCCUAAACCGCCAACUUAUCCAGGAUAUCCAGGUUCACCAGGAUUUCCAGGUUCUCCAGGAUCUCCAGGUUUACCAGGUAAACCAGGAACCCCAGGAGUUGAAGGCGUUUCGCCAUAUCCAAAACCACCCACUUACCCAGGAUAUCCAGGUCAACCUGGAUCGCCAGGAUUACCAGGAGCACCAGGUCUUCCAGGAUCACCUUCUUACGUUCAACCACAACCUGUUUAUCCCAAACCUAGUCCAGCAUACCCAGGAAGUCCAGGCCAACCAGGAUCUCCAGGUUUACCAGGCUCACCAGGAUUACCGGGAAGACCUUCAUACCCGCAACCUAGUCCACCUUCAUAUUAUCCUGUAGCACCCGGUCAACCAGGAUCUCCAGGUUUACCAGGCAAACCAGGUACACCAGGAUUACCAGGGUCAUCAUAUCAGAAACCUAAUUACUCAUCAGUAAAACCCUCUAGUCAAUAUCCUACUUCUUCUUAUCCAGGAAUUCCAGGAUCACCAGGGUCUCCAGGAUUACCAGGACAACCAGGAACACCCGGCUUACCAGGAAAGCCAGCAUAUCCACAACCGCCACAGUUACCAUCAAAACCAUCUUAUCCACUUCAACCAACUUUAGGUCAACCAGGAAUUCCAGGUGCUCCAGGAGCUCCAGGAUCUCCAGGUGCAUCAGGUUUCCCAGCUGGACCAGAACCAUUUUAUCCUCCAUACCCUUCACAGCCUUCUUCACCAAGUCUUCCAGGAAAACCAGGACAACCUGGAACUCCAGGAGCUCCAGGUGCACCAGGAUUGCCUGGACUACCAGCUGGACCUGAACCAUUUUACCCUCCACAUCAAUCACAACCGUCUUAUCCAGCUUAUCCAGGAAAUCUAGGUCAACCUGGUGCUCCAGGUUUGCCAGAAUUACCAGAUGGAACAGAACCAUUUUACCCACCUUAUCCAUCACAACCACCAUAUUCAACUUAUCCAGGAAGUACAGGUCAACCCAGCGCACCAAGUGCUCCAGGAUUACCAGUCUACCCUGUCGAACCUGAACCAUUCUAUCCACCAUUUCCCCCACAACCAAUAUACCCAGCUUACCCAAUAAGUCCAGGUCAACCAGGUGCACCUGGUCUUCCAGGAGCUCCAGGUCAACCUGGUACUCCAGGAUCACAAGGUUAUCCAGCUCAACCAACCAAUCAAAAGCCAAAUCUGCCACCUAAACCAAUAAAUCCAUCAUACCCCAAACCUCCAGUUUCCCCUGCAUAUCCUGGAAACUCAGGUCUUCCUGGUAAACCAGGAACCCCAGGAAUACCAGGUGCGCCAGGUGCACCAGGCCUUCCAGUGGCACCAACUCAUCCUAAACCGUCAAAGCCAGUUGGUUAUCCAGGAUCACCCGGAGAAUCAGGACUUCCUGGGUUACCAGGACAAAACGCAGUAGAUUAUGGAAAACCUAGUGGAUAUCCAGGAUCUCCAGGUCUUCCAGGUAAACCAGGCACACCAGGUACUCCUGGAAUACCAGGCGCUCCAGGACAGCCAGGAUUAAUAAGUUAUCCAAGUACAGUUCAAUCACAAAAACCACCAGGCUAUCCCAUUUCUCCAAGUCCAUCACCAUAUCCAGUAAAACCUGAUUAUGGAUCACAACAACCAGAGUAUCCAGAAUAUUUUGUGUCUGGUUAUCCACAACCAGCUUCUGAACUAAUUCCAAAUUAUUCUCAAUUAGGUCAACCAUCAGGUUUUCCUGAGUUUGUAGAAGUGUAUCCAAGUCAACAACCAGAUUAUGUCUUAUAUCCAAAUGAGCAAAAUCCUAGUAGUGGAUACAAUUAUGGUAAUAACGAAUUAAAUGUAAAACCAAAUCAACCUCAAGUAACAACUGAGCAAACUAUAAUCUCUUCGACUCAAUCGUCUGGCUAUCCAAGUGUAUCUAACCAACAAUCAGUUUAUACUAAUACAGAUAUUCCAAAUAUUGAUGUACGUGUAGUAUUACCAAAUUUACCCUCAAAUAAUAAUGUCCACUACAUUAAAUCAACUCCAAGGCCACAAUAUUCCUCCACAUCUACAAAAUCGAUCGUAACUCAAGGAAACCAAUCUGGCCAAGAAUCAAAUGUAGUUGUUCAAUCAUCUCGUAAACCAGCUGUUUCUACAAGACCAACUCCAAUAGAAAAUAACUAUCAAGAGGAACCUGCAACAACACAAACAUUUGAAGAAGUAUUCAGUACAUUGGCUCCCGAAUCAUCCACAAAUGUUGACAUUAUACCAUAUCCCGUCCCAAUCGUGCCAAAUCCUGGUUCUUGUCCAUGUUAUUUUGUACCACCAAAUAAUAACUCUACCAAUGAUCUACAACAGCAACAACCAUCAGCAUUCAGCUUAGAUAAUUUACCACCUGGUGCUGUAAUUGGGUAUAUUCCAGUGGUCUUCUAUCCAUCAUGUGGUGAUUCACAAAGCUCCACAGUAGCAUCAAAAUUAGAACCAGUCUUUCCAUCAGCUUAUCAAGUGCCAUAUAAAUGUUCAUACUGUGAAAAAUCUGAAUCACAAACGGCUUCAGUUAGAAACAGUUUCGAUCAAGUUGUUAAACUGAGUAAUUCGAGCCCUUCAGUUGUAGUGAAAAGUUCAAGCAGAAACAAAUAUCCCGAUUCCUCGGUAUUAAAUCAACAAGAAUUUGGGGCCAGAAUUAAUUAUGUCAAGAAGAAUACCAAUGAAAAAAAUUAAGAAUAUGUAUAAUUAAAAUGAAUAUAAAUACUGUACAUUUUUAAAAAACUUUAAUUUUAUUCAUCAUAAGACAUUUAUUAAAGAUAAUUACUCUAAAAGUUAUAUAACUUUAUAAGUAAAUGCUCAAUUAAACAUUUCAUAUAUUAAUAUAUAAGAAUAAUUAGUACUUGUAACCUUAUAAUAUGACGUUGGAUUGAGUUUUAACCUUAGUUAUAACUUUAUAUUAUAAGGUUAUAAUUUCAAUAUAUUAAUUGUGGAUUUUACGAAAAAAGUACUCUUAUAUAAUUUUUAAAAUAUUAUACAAUAAGUUACUUCAAAAUUCAUGAUUAAUUUUCAGUUUAUUAUUAUAUUUAUUUGAUUUCUUUUGAUCUAUCAUAUUUGUGCCCGUCCAAAAGUUACCAACGUUUCCAAAUUAACUCAUAAAAUAUUUGUAUGUAAAUUCUUUAUAUCUAAAAAACUUGAAAUAUUGUAAAUAUAAUAUGGUAACUUUUGGAUAGAUUUUGAAUGGAUCUUGUAGAAUUUAUUUAAAUUUAUCACAGUAUCAACUAUUAUGAAAAAAAUGUAUUGUGUAGUACUAAAUAUAUUAAUUUAUAGUUUAAUAUAUUAUUUUGUUUAUUAUUAUGAAAAUUAUUACAUUAUAAAUAAAAAAUCAAUAUAUGGAAAAUA